UAAUUAGAAAAUCCCCAUAAAUAUCAAUAAUGCAACGGUAAUUCACUAUUAAAUCGGAUUCACAAAUGUUUUCUUUACCGUGCUGUGUCACAAAAUCGGCUAUAUAUAUUCACUUGUGGAAAUAUGUGUUGAUGCCGAAGUUAAAGACUCAUGGGUAGAGUGAGGGUGUCUGUGAACUAUAACUAUGGAGACUGAGAGCGUGCGGUCCGAGGUGAGCAGCCGGUCGCGGCGCAGUUCAAGACACCGACAACACACGCAUAGGAGCACUCGGAGUUCAAAAUCUCAGAGAAAGGAGUCUGAUAAUAUGAUGGCACCGUUUCAAACCAGCGUUAAUAUCAAUCCUGAAACAGGGAGAGACGGCCAGGAAGUUAUUGAAGUGCAAAUCCUACCGCAGGAUGAAAACUGGGGCGAGAACACAACAGCCGUUACUGGAAAUACCUCGGAAGGCUCUCAAUCCAUGGAAGAUGUCAGCAACUGGCCCAUAGAAGCCGAUAGUGGCUUGGGUUUUGUGUGUUCGAGAUAUUUCUCAACCACAAUAGCUUUAGGGUUAUCAUUGGUCUCCUUCGUGAGUCCGCUAGCCAUGGUUGUGUUACCUAAACUGGGUUUCUUUCCAGGUUUAACCGAUAACCUGGCAUUGCAGCCGAGUCAGAGGAUACAAUUAUUAUCCUGUACCGCAGAAUGCAAAGGUAUCCUGCUGUCUUUAGCGUUUAAAUUAGUUCUACUGGCGAUAGGUGUGUGGGCCGUGUUCCUGAGGCCACGGAACGCGGUUCUGCCGAGGAUAUUCGUGUUCCGCGCCAUGAUGCUGGUUAUUCUGGCAGUCUGUGCGUUCUCCUAUUGGCUAUUCUAUUUCGUCCAAAUAACCGAGGCCUCCAAAGCGCUGGCCGUCGGCGAAGAAGCCAUGGACUAUACUUCUCUGGUUUCAUAUUCGUCAAGUUUCUCUGACACAUUGCUGUUCAUACAUUACGCUGCGGUCGUACUGAUGGAGAUAAGGCAUCUGGAGCCUGUCUAUUACGUCAAGGUUGUGAGAAGUCCAGAUGGUGAGAGUAGAUCGUACGCCAUCGGACAAUUGAGCAUUCAAAGAGCAGCUGUUUGGGUCCUGCAGAAGUAUUACACGGAGUUUCCUAUAUACAACCCGUACUUGGAGAAGAUUCCCAUAUCGAAGUCCCAGAGGAAAGGGCAGGGCAGCAUAAAGUUUUAUGAAGUCGACUCCAAUACCAACGCUCCGUCGGGACAAACGAGAUCGGCGAGUGGUUCCGUAUCGGGUCGGCGGAACUCACACAACGAGCGGUACUACGAGGAGGCAGAACGCGCUCGGAGAGUGAGGAAGCGUCGGGCUAGACUACACUCGGCGGCCGAAGACGCCUUCGCCCACGUCCGACGAGUGAGGCUCACGGCUGCUGGCGGUGGAGCCCUGGGGCCUCGUGAGGCGGCCCAAGCGGUAUUCCCAUCAUUAGCGAGGGCGUUACAAAAGUACCUCCGAGCGACCAGACAACAACCAAGACAUUCAGCUGAAUCGGUGUUGGCUCAUUUGGCCCGCUGUCUCUCCCAAGAUGCAUCACCACGAGCCUUCCUCGAACCGUUUCUAGUCGAGGGACCCGUAUUAUCAGCAGAACAAGAGUCAAGAACUUUACAGCGCUGGGCGCUAGUCUCCGAUGACCUCCUGGCACGACCUCUGGCCGACGGAGUGGAGUUCCAACUAAGACAGGGCGACGUUUCGUUGAUCUGUACCAUCAAGAGUCUACCGAGGUUCAGUCUAUCAGAGGAAGUGGUGGAUCCAAAAAGCAAUAGAUUCGUAUUGCGGCUUAAUUCAGAGACAUCUGUGUGACAAGGGCCCAGGCUGGUGUGACCAGGUGUAUUCUGGUAUACACGAGCUGGUAACUUCCGUUCGUCUCUAUACAACGUCCUAGAUUGGGCCGUUGAAGGUCUAAAUCUAUUGGAGGCUAUAUGGCUGGCUAUAGGUUAGGCAAUUUUCCAGCUGUAGUAACUUCAUUGUCAAUGGUUUGAAUGCUCCUCUCAUAACUACUGUUGACUCAGAUUUUAACCUGCAGCCUGUUCACAGACACAGUUUAUUUUUUCCUUAUAUAUACAGGAGUGUGCACAGGGCACAGAGAUUUAAGUAAGCAGAACGUAAGGUCAUAUGAUGAGAUGUAAGACUUCCGCGAGCAUUAAUUUAAAUAUUAAUCGGAUUGCUACGCGCUUUCAUAGCAGACGAUGUGACUGCCCGGGAUCACGGUCGCUGCAAAGUAACCGAAACGUCGGGAGUAUGUAGUUUUUAAAAAUAAUAAAAUACGGGUAGUAAUCCGAAAAAUAUUAGUAAGAUCGUAUACUUUAUUGAAAACGACAUCACCAGUACCAGUAGUAUUCUUAAUUCAUUAGUUAAACAACUUAUGAGAUAAUGUUAGUGAAUUAACUUAUGCGCAGACUUAAGUAAUUACAAAAAAUAUAUAAUAUAUAUAUAUGUUUAAACGGUGCACGAGUUUUAGUUCAUAAUUUUUUUACAAUCAACUGAUUGAAGUCGAAAAUGUUUCUGUUUGCUUUUGAUAGAUGGCGCUAUCAACAAAAUAUAUUUCUGUAGUUUCGUUUAAUGUAUGGGUGUAUAUGUGUAUGUAAGGAUUGUAGGUGUAAUUAUUUUAUUUGCGUGUAUGGUGUGCUCGCUCCUGCAUAUAUUGUUAUGGUUUCUGUUAUCAUUCAAAAAUUGUGGAUUCCGUAUUAUUUCUUAUCAUAUAACGACAUUUAAUAUUACCCAAUGACAGUACUGUUGACGGCGCGUCACUUGGCAAGCGAAGAGAUGCGCAGAUUUUUUAGGUCUCAUGGGUAUGUUCGCGCCCGAGUACACUUGCGAGCACUUAAACUGGACCCGUUGUUUUGUUACUGUUACGAGGUUUUGUUAUUGACAUCAAAAGUGACCACUUUUUGUUGCUCUAAGUGUAUUCGCCAAAACCUUGUCAAUAUACGUGCCGGCAACUGUAUAUACUUAAGUAAGUUUCACUUAGUAAGUCUUAAUUUUUGUUGUGAUAGCUUAAUUUGAUGUAUGCGGAAGGUUAAUGAAACAAAAAUUAGAUUAAUAUUUAGUGCAUUGGUGCAGACAUUAUACAUGUAACUCAUAUUACUUCUAAGACUGAAAUACAACACCCAGCCUGUUUGAUCGAACAGGAAUCUCACAAGAUAAGAAUCUCAAUUUACAAGCCAUUUGUAAAAGACUUAAAAGCAUUUAUAUUGUGUACAUUUGUGUCAUACAAUUAUUAUAAUAAUUAUUUAGGUCAUGUAACAGGUGACAGCACAGAUAAUAUAUAUAGUAAGUUAAAUGUAUGUAUCUAUGGUUUGAAUAGUAUUAGCAUUGAUAUUAGAACAUAUAUAUAUAUAAAUAUAUAUUAAAUUAAUCAUUUAUAAGGACAACUUUGUUCAUUACUGAUUAUAAACGCACAAGAUUAAAAAUAUCACAACCGUUACUAAUCAUAUCACACGGACUCGUGAUAAUGUCUCAAUACUCUGAUACCGGAUGGCGUUACUGAAUGUGUCCGUUUACAAAUGUUUAAUGAACGUAAUGUUAAGAUCAUAUCAUUUAUAAGUAUUUAUUAACGGAGUACUGUGUAAUUGGAUAUUUUUAGAUCUUUUUGAAGGAAUCUUUAAUGUUUUAAGCUAAGUAACAUUACUCGUUGAGAUGUAACGGCUUUCAUUGUACUAAAUUGACCAAAGAUUCUGUCAUGAUAGGAAUUAAUUUGUGGUGGGGGUUAACAAAAACAAUGAUUUCGAAAAUUAUGCAUGUUUAUUCGUUAAAAAAAAUAUAUUGUCUUUGGUAAUUCUACUAGUUGUCGGUUAUAGCAGUUUGUUGUACAUCCGUUAGCAAACCCCCGUUUCAUAGACUGAUAAUGUCGCAUUGCUCAAGUCGCCUUGUAAAACGCCUGUGCCUGCUUACUCUAAAACAUUAGACCUAAUAUCUAGAUUAUAAUAAAUAGUACAAUGACGUGGGACGUUUUUACACCCAGUCUCCAAUGACUAGAAGUAAAAAUAUUAUACGCGGAUAACAUUUCAAAACAUCAAAAUUUUAUAAAAAUAUAUUUUCCUUUAUAAAAUAUUUGUGACGUAAUACGUAUUUAGCACAAAGGCUUAGCACAAAUUGUAACCGUGAAACGUUUUGUACACUUUUGUAUUUUAUAAAUAUAUAAAGUGGAUUUUG